AUGUUCAAGGACGAGACAGGUGAUUCAUCCUGUCGCAGCUUCCCCUAUGGACCGGCCGCAGACGACUACUACAGCCUCUAUCUGCCCAACGAUGAUCAAGCACAUGGACUGAUGCUUCCCGAGAUCGUGGUCAAAAUGCCAUGGACCUCCAAAUUCGUUGUCAAGCAUGACCAUCCCCGGUCAAUCACCGUCCUGGAUACCUCGAACGGAAACGACACUGCGACAGCCGUAAACAACGCCCUACAGGAGGUCAUAGACCAAGCAGUUGAUCAAAAGCUUUUCCACAUCCUCAAUGGCCAGCAUAGCGAGCCCUUCGCUAUCGCCGGGGCGAGGUACGAUUCUCCUGUCAAACUGGAAAGGUUCGCCACUCCUCUCUUCGGCAUCACGACCCGCGGCGCACAUCUCGUCGCCUACAAUCAGACGGACGACGGAAUCAGGCUCUGGAUACCACGAAGAGCGCCUCAUCUCUAUAUCUGCCCCGGCAUGCUCGACUCUACCGUUGCCGGUGGAGUCAAAUCCGGCGUCCCUCCCAUGCAGACCAUAAUCGAGGAGUCCGACGAAGAAGCAUCCUUACCCGAGCACCUGAUCCGGAAACACGCCAAAUGCAGAGGCGUGGUAUCACACAUGUCUCUAACAGGCUCCCUCUUCCCUGGAGAAAAAGGCCUCGUGUGUCCAGAUUACGUGUAUGUCUACGAUAUCGAAUUGCCGCCAGAUACCAUCCCAAAGACUCACGACGAUGAAGUGAGUGGCUUCACUUCCAUGACGGUCGAAGAAGUCGGCAGAGCCAUGUUGAAUGGAGAAUUCAAACCUGAUGCUGCUGCCGUGAUUCUUGAGUUCUUCAUCAGACAUGGCAUUGUGACGCCUGAGAAUGAGCCGAACUUUGUCGAGAUCAAUAUGCGUCUUCAUCGGAGGCUACCUUUUAGAACUGGUUGA